GUUCCCGCUCCGGGGCCGCCGGGACAGUGUGAACAAACACCCAGGGGAGGGUGAAACAGCGCCCGAGCGAAGAGCGAACGAGCAGCCGUGAGAGGGUGAACCGGCACCCGGGCGAGGAGUGAACCCGGCACCGGGCGCGCCCCCCGCCCGCCUUCCCUCCUCCCUCCCUUCCUCCCUCCCUCCCCUCUUCCUUCCCCUCCCUCCCCGUCCCUUCCUCUCUCCGCCUGGUGCCGCCACCGCCGAGGAGGAGGAGGAGGAACAUGGCGAAAGCGGAGCAGGUCCUGAGCCUCGAACCGCAGCACGAGCUCAAAUUCAAAGGUCCUUUCACAGAUGUGGUCACUACAAACCUGAAGCUCGGCAACCCCACGGACAGAAAUGUGUGCUUCAAAGUUAAGACCACAGCACCACGUAGAUACUGUGUAAGGCCCAACAGUGGAAUUAUCGAUGCAGGAACAUCAAUUAAUGUUUCUGUGAUGCUACAGCCUUUUGACUAUGACCCUAAUGAGAAAAGUAAACACAAGUUUAUGGUUCAGUCUAUGUUUGCUCCAGCUGAUACUUCAGAUAUGGAAGCAGUAUGGAAAGAAGCAAAACCAGAAGAACUCAUGGAUUCGAAACUUAGGUGUGUGUUUGAGCUACCAGCAGAGAAUGAUAAGCCUGCACGUGUCAGGUGUGCACAGACAAUUUUACCUGAUUCUCCUCCUAUGUAUCAGAUUUACCCUUUUCCUGAAAAAGAAGCUUCCAUCUUAAAGGAAGAAGAUGGACUGCGGAUGAGGAAGGUACCCCAGACAAACAACCCAAUCUCUCCUUCUGCAGCUGCUGUCAAGGACGAAGGGCUCAGCUCCAGACUACUUGCUUUGGUGGUUUUGUUCUUUGUCUUUGGUGUAAUUAUAGGAAAAAUAGCCUUGUAGAGGCAGCAUGCUGGAAAUUGUAAAUUGGUUUGAUGGUUCUGCCAUAUCAUUGGAUUAAAUUUAUUCAUAACAAUGUUUAAAAAAAAAAUUAAUGUAUGACAUCUCACAGGUCUUGCCUUUAAAUUACCCCUGCACAAAUACUAUGUAACAUAAUCUAGAAAGUUCAAAAUGUACGGUGAGGGAAUGAAUGAAAGAGAAUAUGCUUCAAUGAUGAAGGGGGGAGAAAAUCCUGAUUUAACACUACAAUGGAAUAUUGUAUAUGUCAUUUUAAACAUUCUUAGGCCCUGGUACAUGUUGCUGGAUUACCUCUUUUUAAAAAAAAAAAAUUUAAAAAAAAGGAAAACUAGAAAAAUCUCUUCCUCCACUGCUGGAGCUGGCCCUAGGGAUGUUUGGAGCUGGGUUAGGCAGGAGGUGUUGAUAACUUCUGUAAAAUACGUUAAUCCACCAUUCUGCUCAUGAAUUUAACAGUUUCUGUCAGUGUCUUCAACUCUGUGCAAGUUACCAAUUUCUUGGCACUUCAGUGAGUAGUGAGAAGCUGCAAAGCCUUGGGUGUGGCAGCACUGAGGGAGCUGGGCAGCACCGAGGGGCUCGUUCAGAAUAAAGGUCAAUGCCUUGUUCUCACCAAGGGACCAAGCUACAUUGCUGUUGGUUCAUUUAGUUGAAUUAAAAUGUUAUUCAGAGAUGUUUAAUGCAUAUUUGACUUAUUUAAUGUAUUUCAUCUCAUGUUUCCUUAUUAUCACGAAAUUGACUGAUUCUUUGUGGUAUGAGAAGGCGCCUGUUCAAAGCCAGUGACGAGAACUAAAAAUUUGCUGCUGUAGUGGUGCAAGAUUCUUCUGCCUCCUGAUGUUUUGGGCACUACACCAUUGUUGGGAGUUUUGAUCAUCUGAGCAUUGGGAAAAACAGUGGUCAGGAAACUGUUCUUGUAUGUAAAUAAGUCUAUUUAGGGGAGAAACAAAGAUAUCAGUAGUAAAUUAGUCCUAUGCCGUAAAAAGACCAAUCUUGUUUGACUAUGUAGCAUCUUAAAAAAAAAAAGAAAAAAAGAAAGAAAAGAAAAAUUAAAUAAAGCCCCCAAAUUAAUGUUUCCUUUGUUACUUUUGUCCUGUUCUCACAGUUUUAGAGGUGGGGAGGAAGCAGUGUUCUCUUGUCAGCUUUGUUCAUAGCAUAAGGAAGCUUGCAGUCUGAUUUCAGGGUGAAUUUCUCUUUUUUUCCAGACUAAUUUUAAUAUCAAAGCAAACCAUCCCAUGGUGAGCCUGACGCACAAAAGUUGUUCAGAGUCUCCAUGCUGAGGUACAAGGUAACAUCCCACCUUCCAGGUUAGUUGGGUUCAGCAGUUCAGACACUUGACAGCGCCUUUAGAAUCAGGAGAUUUUGUUUCUAAGCUUCCUUUUACCACAAGGUGUGUAAGCAAACUCAGUGUGUUUUAACAUGAUGGAUUCAAUAGAUUAAACAGUUUUUGAGCAGGUAAAUUCACAUCUAUUCUCAAAUGGGAGACCCAAAACCAUUCAGUGGCAAAAUUUGUUGUAGCAUGUUACAAGAUGAGGCUGAGUCUUUUACAGAUGACUUCUGUCAUUCCUUGCCUGUUCUGGGGUUCUGUGAGAGCUGUGGGGCUGCAGCCUCUCUGCUGCACCCUUGACCUUGUGUUUGUCCCACUUGUGUCUGCAAGUGCAAAUAAGUGAAAUUUAAUGUAAGGCUUAAUAAGAAAAAUAGGUGGGAAAAAAAACCUUGUGAUUGGUGUGUUCAGCUUCUGAACAUGAGUCUGGAAGUAUUUCUAGGAGAUUCAAUAGAAAGGAGAGGUGUAUUUUUGGCAUUUUGAAGUGCUGGUGCCUUGUCUGCUCAGAGGGAAGGGACAGAGCCACUGCAGCCUGGCUGCAAAGGGCAGGGCAGGAGGGAGAGGAGCUGGAAAGGACAAAGCAGGGAGUUCAUGGGACAAAUUGGGCAGAAUUGAUAAAGAAGAUACUGCCUGGGCAGUAGAAGCUGAAGAAAACUUUCUAAUGAAGCAUUCUUUACAGAAAGGCAAGGUUGUGAGUGACACUGCAAAAUUAAUUUUCAUGGCUUUGAAGAAUAUAUUUGAGAAAACCUUUGCUGAAGGAAGACUGAGAUAUGAAGUAGAUUUUUUUUUAAGUGGCUGUAAAUAUCUUGUUUUCUUAUCAGAAUUUCUGAUUCACUUUGAAAAAAUAAGGUUUUUUUGAGUCCUUUGUUCAGCUUAAAAACAGCCUAAAAGUGGUUGGUUUAAGAAAAAAAAAAUUGCUAUCUUUGCAGGAUAAAGGGGGAGGAUUUUAGAUUUAAACUGGUCUCCUGUGAGGGUAUCUGAAGCAAUGUUCAGGCAGGUUUCACACCCAGUGUAAGCUGCCUUUGCUGGCCCAGGGCAGAGCCAGGAGCAGCUCUGUCCUCCCCAGUGCUCAGCAGGGACCUCUUGGUGAUCUGAGCCAGCCUGGAGCUGUUCAUGAGCAGAGCUGUGCCUGUGUUUGCACUCUGGGAUCAUAAAGAGGUCCCAGAAAACCUUCUCAUGCUUUUCCACUGAGCAAGGAGACCAGGAGAGGAUUUCAGUGUUGGUGACAUCUGUAACCUGCAGCUGGGCUGACCCGCACCAUCAGUCCUAAACAAGACUCUUAAAUUAACUGCUUGUAUUUUGGAAUUUAGCAAAAUCCUGAGGUUUUCGCUCACCAUUUUUCACAAGAGCCUGAACACAGUAGCCCUGAAUUGUCUGGGUAAUGCUUUGCUUUGCUGAGCUUGAAAUAAAGUCACUGAUCAGGGGAAUUCUCAGCCCCUGUUUGACCAAACCCUUCCUUCAUAGGCAGUAGAGAGAAAUCUUAAGGAUUUUUUUUCUUCCAAGGUUCCUAAAAGGCCAGUUUGUAGAUAGAGUGCAAAUAUAGAUUGGAUGGAUAUUCCUAAGCCACCUGGCUCUUUUUGUAAGUUGUUCCUUUCAUGGCAACACAAGAGCAAAUGUUGUCAUGAAGUAUUCCCAGAAAGUGAAUUAUUCUGAAGGACACUGUGUAUCUUAGGAAGUUGUGCACAAAAUGUAGAGUUUCUAAAUAAGAUAAUUGUCUGGGGUCCUCACACAACAUCAGAUGUUAGAAACCUGUGAUUGAUUCAUGGUAGUAGAAAUCAAGUUAUUACUAAUCUAAUUCUUGUCCUUGCUGUUACUUUAAGAUGACCACUUGCACAUUCAUUGUUGAUUUUUGUAACACCUAGCAGAGGCUGCUUGGUGCACUCUGGGCGAAUUUGGGAUAAACAGAAACCUGAAAUAUCUCAAAGCCUAGAGCUGGGAAACAAAUGGAAAAUGAUUUCUUCUAUUUUGAGAUGUAGUUCUCCACAUCUUAAAGCAAAUACUCCGUGCAUGGAUGAUCAUAACUAUUGCUGUGCAUGGCAGUUGUCAGCUGGGAGUGCACAGCUGGAACAGCUGCACUGCAAGCCAGGAGCAGCUCAGGUUACUGGGGAGUGGCCUGGGGGCUGAAGAGCAAGAUCAUGUCAUAUUGUUAUGUUGAGGGGGAUUGAUGUACCAUAAUGUCAUUUUCUAAAAAUACAGGAUUGUAAAGCUCAGUGGUGGUGUUACUUUUUCCUCCUGAAAUGCUGUUAGUGGGAUAAAGUUGGAGCUUCACUUUGCAAUUCACUAGAAUUUCUUUUCAUCAAUAAACUAUGAAGGGUUUGUAUCUGCUGCACAUGUGAACUUGCAAUUCUUGUCAGCAAUUUUACAUCGUGGUGUGCACAAGGAAUGGAUCAUUUGUGUCUUGGCUUACUUGAUGUUUCAUUGCCAGUGGAAGAAAACUGUCAUCCCUUUUCUUCAGAAGAUGGCACUUCUGCCUCUUCAGUGGAAUGUCCCUCAUUUUCAGGCACAAUAGUGGCUUCACUGUAGUGCUCCUAAUUUGAAAUUAUAUUUCUCUUGCCCUAUGUGAUACCCUGAAAUUCCACAUCCUGAGUUCUGUUUUCUAUAAAAAGUAAGUGAGGAAAAAAGCACCACCAAAAAUCCCUCAUUUGAAAUUAAAGCCCCUGUAAAACAACACUCUGAGGCUCCUGUUUGUUGUGGCUGGGUCACAGCUGCACUGGUGCUGCACUGGUGCUGCACAGAGCCUGGAGAGCCACUGUGCCAGGUUUGGGAAUGGGGAAGCAUCCCUGGCCCAAGUCCUGGAGUGAGCAAGUUGAGAAGUGACAGGUGGUGGGUGAAAUUCAGUUUAUGUGUUUGGGAUUUGGAGAAGAUCAGCUUCACAGAACAAAGUAAUUGUGUUUCCACUGCUCAAAUCUGCUUAACUAUAAAAGUUGGUUGAUUAAUGGGUUGGGGGUUUUUACUGGAUAAAUGAAGAUUAUUUUUAAAAUAACACAAGUGAGAGCCAGCUAGGAAUCUUGCACGUGGUACUCCAGUGAGCACACACCUGCACACUUGCUGGUGACUGUGUCCUGUCACUCACUCUGCCAUUUCCUGUGGCUUCAGUUCCUGUUCAAGAACUAAUUUCACAUUUGUACUUGAAGAGUAAAACUUUAAAACCUUUCCUAAACUUCCACAUAGCUCUCUUUGCUACAGUCCAGGCCUGGAUUUGUCCUGAAGCCUCCACAGAGUGAAAAGCACAAAAGGGACACGGGGUCUGUGAGCACAGAAAUGAGGCUGCUUUUCCUUGGAGUAAACUUGAACUUUGGAUCUUUCCUCCUGUGAUCUGUCAUUAGAAAAUGGCCUUUUCCAGAGAGCAAAACAAAAGAAGUUAAGAAAACAAAUGAAUUAAGAAGAAAUAAUUGAAGCUGUGUAUUACAAGUUGACAUUAUACAUCUGGCAUUUCUGUUUAUGUUUCUGCAUUGGUACAUUUCAUUCUGAUUUAAUAAGUUCCUAAUUUUGUGGGUUUUUUUUCAAGAUUCUGAAGUGCCUAUGAAGAACAGCCUGUAGUAAAGUAUUGUUCCCAGUUUAGCUGUACUUCAUUUUUUUAAUCAAAUCUUUUUCUUUAGUGGAUAAACUCACAAGAUUAGAAAAGCCUCUUGAACUCCCUCAUGUUUAGUUUGGCAAAUGUCCUACACACAAUUACCCACAGAGAGCUACUUUUGAAAGACCCUUAUUAAGGCUGUACAAAGUCAAGCACUCAGGAGGUAGGAAAUGGCAGAACCAGGUUUGUGCUCUGUGAGUUUGGGAAGCACAUUGCAGUGUCUGAUCAUUUCAGUGAUCAAAAACUGAGCUGACACUGCUCAGAAAUUGUCCAAAACUGCCCAGCUUUGUGUGCCUGGACUUGGAGAACCCUAAAUUCUCUGAAGUUAUGUAUAAAUAGAUUUUUUAAAGUUGAUUUCCAAUGUGGCACUGUGGUGUUGGGUGUAACCCCCCAUGUGUGUGCUGGGGGAGUUCUUUGUGUUUGUGUGUGGAUCCCCAUUCUUGACCUGAGCUCCUGCUGGGGAGGAACCCGGAGCUGAAGCAGCAAUUUCUGUUUCCACAUUUCACUGGGAGGCCACACACAAGUGUGAUUGCAGCCAGGAGUCUCUGCCUCAGUGCUGAGCCCAGAGGAGCAUUUCUGUGGGGGCUGGAGGCUCUGCUGCCCAAUCUGCCUCCUGCUCUGCUCUGCCUGAGCUGUCAGAUCUCGCUCCAUCCCCUCCCUCAGCGCUGUGCUCCAGGCCAAGUCAUCCUCGUUCCUUCCCUGCUCCUUGGCAAAGAACCUUGUUCAGCCAAGCACUUUAAUGGCUUUUCUUCCCUGCUGCCUCUUUUCCAUCUGGGUCUCUCUUCCCAUCACCCUUCCAGGCUUGCCCUGCCCUGCCUGGGCUCUCCCUGGCACAGACCUGGCUGCUCCUGGUGCCUUCCCCAUCCCCACAGCCACUCACUCACCUCCUGCUUCCUCUUUGUUUUCUCUUCCUCCUCACUCUCUGGGGAGUUUGGAGCAACAAGCCUUGUCACCCAUCUCCUUUCUGUCUCCAGCUUCCCCCUGCUGUUCCAGUGCAGUGGAUUUAUUUAUAGUGUGGGACAGACUUUGAUAUUCCAUGUGGAUUGUUUCUCAAACAAAGCAGUAGCACAAUGCUGUUAAUGUAUCCAAAAGUGCUUCAGAUUUUUUUUGUUUCAUUUUAUCUGGGAAAUCUAGAAUGCAAAAAUGCAUUCUGAGGUAUUUUAAACAGGGAGGCAUGAAGGUGAUUAAUUGGAAAAAUAAGUUACUGUUAAUUGAGCUUUGUGUCAGACCCAGGACUGUUUGUCUGGCAGACUUGGCUCCCACUUUAAACUUCUGCACCUGCUAAAGAAGCAGAAAAUUGGAAAGGCAGCUUGUCUGAGGAGAUUGUGAUAUUAAAGAAGGUACUGAAGGCUCAGUCUCAGUGCAGGAAGCCAGAAAAUUGUUUGAGACUUGGGAAAUUAUUUUAUUUUUUAUUUUUGGGGUGGUUAAAAAAUAAUUAAUCUUUUAAAAAAUUAUUCUAAGAGAAGUGAAUGUGGAAGAGUUUACUAAGAUACAUGUGCCUGUUACCAUCAACUUCCAGCACACACUGGCUUGGGUUUUCACAGGGACAGUAAAAAUGUAUUUAUUUGUUUUGUGGUGGAAAGGAAUCCAGUAGUCAGGAUUAAAGCUCCUGGUCUGUGUCCUAGACCUGUUUUUCUGGAGCAGUGCUAGACAUGAAGGAUGAAAUUAAUUUGGUCUUGUUUAUGCCAGAUAAAGAUAAAUGAAUGUCAGAAAUGAGGUUGGAAUCCUGAUUGCAGUGGAGCUCAGCAAACAGCCAUGUGAGUUGCUAAUAAAUUUAAUUGGUGCUUCAAAAGGGCAUAUCUGAGCAAAUUUCAUACCAGAUCUGGAAGUGGGGAGGAAAUUAGAUGAAAAACUGAAGUAGAAUUGACAGUUUUCUAAGUGAAAGGUAUUAAAUGGCCAAAAAACAAUAAUUUUGCAAUUGAGAAAGGGGACAACUUUGGCUAACUGCCCAUCCUACUUCAGUGAUGAAAUGAGAGGGAAAAUUAGAUGGAAAGUAAUAUAAAACAAAUAAGAAAAAGGGAAGCAGACAGCAAUCCAUUCAAAAUGGGAGUUAGGAAAUGCAGAAAAUAAGGAAAGCACAACCCAAAGGAAAAUAAAAAUCUGGGUUGGAGUGCUUGGAGAGGGUGAUGAGGAGCUGAAGUUCAGAGGAAAUCUGCAAUAGGAUAAGAACUGUUAAGAAAUAGAUGCAGGAGAUAAAACCUAGGGAUGUAAGAGAACUGGAAAGGUGAUGUCAUUCCUUAGCAAUGGUCAGGAUUUAAAAUUAACAGUUUUUAAUUCAGGAGGCCCAAAAACCUCGAUGAGCGUUUGGAAGGGAGGAGCCUGGGGCAGUGUGGAGCUGCUGCUGGGGGUGGGCAGUGGGACAGCCUGGAAGGAGAUGGCAAAGGAGAUGGAUGUUCCUGAUGGAGCCUGGUGUGAGUCCUCUCAUUCUGUCUUUUGGGUUCCUUUGGGAUCAGAGUGAGCUGGGUGUGUCAGGGCCCUGCAGAGCCGUGUGCUCCCUCAGUCACACACUGCUGCAGCUCAGACACAGCCACCAUGAAAUGGGGAUGCCCAGAGCAGGGUUCUGCAGGGACCUGGCACAUUCUGUGGUUCCAGAUCACUGAGGAACACAGCACAAAAUCACUACUGAUAAAACAUUACAGAAAUAUCCAUGGCCAGGACCAGAAUGAGAACAGCUCCAUGCACAUUCCCAGUGCAGUCCCAGGGUAAAAGCCUGAUGAAUACCAAUGUGUUCUUGUUUUUAAUUACUGUUAGCUGUAAGUGAUUAUCCUUCUGUAUGUCUCAGCUGGGAGAGUUGGGAAUUUUGGAUGCAAUUUGGAUAUUUACAUUCUACAAGAGAAGCUGAGUAAUUGGAAUGGAUGCAAAAAAUAUGAUUCAGAAAUUACUGGUGGAGUGUGAAAAUGCCUUAGAGAGGGUGAGAGAAAACUCAGUUGGCUGAGAUUUUCUACUAGAAUUGAGACUGUCUUGAUUACAGUGCACUAGUACCUUCACAGGCAGAAAAUACUGCACACUGCAGCUCUCUGAUCUUAAAAAGCAACACAAGAAUCACCAACUGGCAGUCAAAGCCAGGCAAAUUCAAAUUGGAAAAAGGCACAAAUUCUUAAGAGAGAAUAACUGUGUAAUUUAGGAAUGUGUCUUCAAAAACUGUGAACAGAACAAUAAAAGUUAUGAUAUUUAUGCAAA